AUCUCCUUCGGAGAAGAUUAGCUCGAACUUCUAACGGGGAAUGGGAUCUUCGGCAGAUUCUCGUACUAAUUUAAUCUGUCGGAUUGACUGUUGACGGAUGAAAUUAGAAAGUCGCAAGUCAAUGCGUCGAAUCCUCAUCAAAAAUCGCAAGCCGAAUCCUCUAUCUCGAUUGUUGUCACUUCACUUCGGAGAAUCUCGUUUUUUUUGUUUUUGUUUUUGUUUUUCCUGAAAGUUCCAGUGUGAAUUUUGCAGCACUCGCAGCUUCCAAUUGAGCCCCCAGCCAUGAAAUAAGCUGCUGCUGGGGGUCAUUGAGACGACGAGUGUGCUGCUCGUUGCUUCUGUGGCGACCUUGUAUCCGUAUUUGUUGCCGAUGCCGACGAGUUGUUGCUUCCGAGGUGACGUGAUUCUGAAAUCGAUACGUUGCCGACGAGAUUCCUUGCUUGUCAACGAAGCCAUUUAUCUUUUGUCUGUGGAUUUCAUGCCUCUCUGUCCAUGUCCGAGGGCGUCGACAAGUGCGGAUACUUGCGGAGGACGCGGUUUGUCGGCUUGCUUUCACGCCGUCGCGGUUACGCGAGUGGGCUUGGUCUCUGUAGCUGUGUUUCGAUUGCACGCUACGUGUGAUCAAUCCCGAUCUUUUUUGUAUGUAAUGGCGUCAAACGUUCUAUUGCUUAGUACUUUGAUGUUGUGCAAACGGGUCGGUUUAUCCUGUCCUCCGGAAAGUCUUGCUUGAAGAUGACGGCAGAGGAAAGGUUGUAUAUCUCUAUUUGGCUAGCGGCAGUCGAUUUACGAAGCUUCAAAGAUUUCAGGGUAGAAAUUGCAGAGGAAGUGGGAUUUUCAAUGGUUUUUUCUACCCGCGGUCGGACCCGCGUCCGAGUGCGAGUUGAGAUUCGGGGCUUCCGAAACGUGCACACCAGGAAGUUUUUUCACGAGACGAUUAAAUUGGAAAUGCAGAACUCUGACACGGUAGCAUCUCUCAGAAGCAAGAUUAGAGAGCUUCAGGGCGUACGUGUUUCGGAACAUGUGCUCACCACUCAUGGAGGUGUGGUAAACGAUGCUGUCAAGCUCGGCGAUACCUUCAAAUUCCCGGGCGAAGAUGCCUACCAUUGCUUUUACUUGUGGUUUUGCGAGUGCCAUGACUGCUUAUUGCUCCAUAACGCCGAAGAUGCAGAGCCCUACAUGCCAAUCACGAUUGGAAAUGCUCCUCUGCCUCUGACUAUGAUGGUAAAACCCACAUUUACGGUUACAUUUCUGCGGAGCUACCUCGGCAUUCUGUUCCAUGGCAACACAAACCUUUCACACAAAGGAAACAAAUUGAAGGAUCGAAUCAAGCCAAACAAUACGUUAUCGACACUUGCAGAUUACAACAUUACAGCGAACGGUUGUGUUGAAAUGACUAGCUUUGCUUCUUCGUCACAAGUAUUAAGUCAAGUGAUAAACACUGCAACCAAAGACCAAACUCCAGAACACUUUCACACUCUGGUGACGUGCGGUGAGUUGAAGGACUUCUUUCAUUUUGCACUCCGCACACCGUUUCAUCAUCAACUGAUAAGAAGAUGGCAAAAGGGGGUCGAAGUGCCUGUGUGCGAUGAUCAUAAAAUGGGCGGGGGAAAGACUUUCAUUUACCGGUGCGGAUGGCCAGAUUUUAAGAUCCGAGUAGUGUCUCUCGGGGUAGAUCCAUUGAGUUUUUAUGUUAACGGAGCGGACACAGUGGCCACGGUAAAGCGACGCAUCCACAAGGAGUGUGUCAGAAUGGCGUGCGACAAACAGCGGCUUCUGUUGGAUGGUAGGAUUUUAGAAGAUGACGAUUACCUUCUCAACAGUAAUGUUAAGGAAGGCUCUACUUUGAUUCUUAUUGUUGAGAGCGGAACCAAGAAGGGAUUCACAUGCUUUGGCGCUCACUGAUUCCUCAAUGGAGAAUCCUACCUAUUCGCGAUGUUCAUGCUUCGAAGGUUCCUGGCUUUAGAGGAAUUGAUAGUACGUGCCCAAGGCGUCUACCUCACUCGUAUAGCUACAAUGUACAUAGAGGAUACACUCAACGCAAAUCUGGACUCAAAACCACAAUCGCAAUUUUGAAACCGCUUGGAAUGGAAAUUUACUGCUCAUUGUAAAGCAGGCAGUCUGUGUAAUAUACUUAUUUGAGGAAUUAAAAUUUACGGGAGAUUGUUUCA